GCUUGCAUUUUUACAACUGGUCGUAAUUAAUGGCCCAAAAUAAUUACAACUUGUUCAGAAAAAAAAAAAAAAAAGGCAAGCAUGCAUUGGAUAUCAUUUUCAGCCCCAAGCACAAGUCUGCUCGGCGAACGACGUACACAUCGUUCCAUACGAAUCAACUGCAGUCAUGGAGUUCCUCCUCCUUUCCAUUCUGAUUUGUCACCUGGGCCGCACGUUUAGUGGAGUCUCAGCCAUCGAAGUUGUUCCCGUCAAAGAGACAGAUCCCAGGAGCACAAUGCAUAUCUGGCGACCAAUAAGCGUGUUCUUCGUUGGUCAUCAACAGUUCCGCCCACUACAGGACACAGUCGUAGCUGCCGGAAACAUGACUGCGUUUUAUUUGUACGCACAGAGCAUAUUGAAUAUCCUCGCUUUCAAGUAUAAACGACACCUAGGGUGCGAUAUAAAGUUGAAAACCAGCGGAACACAUGUGGUCAGUGACCUAGAAGCGCUGAGGUAUGUGCCUCAAGGGCAACCAGAGCUUGAUCCCGACAGCAAUGGUGGUUCCAGUGUCGACUGGACUCAGCUACAAAGUCUGCGACACAUCGUGGAAAACAACACGGCUGCGAGAGCCGCUGACAUCAUUGUAGUUAUGAUUCCGUCCAACAUCUUACCUGAUGGUAUAGGGGAUAAUGGUGCACAUCGCAACCCCGACGCAAGAAUGUGCUCUGCCGACAAGAUAAUUGUGUUCCAGGACAUACCCUACUCCUAUGCAUUGUUGUAUGACCUGCAGUAUGAAUUUAUUAACAUGAUGCUACCCACUUUCUAUUCAUGGGACGAGAAGAUGAGCUGCGGGAAACUGAGGGAGUUCUACAAGGCUGCCCUGACUGGGACAAACGAACAGCAGUGUUAUAACACGAUGGAUACUUGCUGUAUCCCAUCGUUUUUUGGAAUUUUUAAUUUGAGAAGAGCACCUUAUUGCAUACAGAAUAUGAGGGCAUUUUCACACGAGUGGAACGAGUGGGACCCCCGUUGCACCACUGCAUGCUGGGGCAUUGAGGGCCUCUUUCGCUUCGGGUUUACCACACCCACGGGCUGGGUAAAGAAUCAAUCGGCGGAAUAUUGGACUGGUGACAGAGACGUGGAAAUGGCUACUGUCCACACCAACUACCUCCCAUGCAACAGAAGCCACACCCCCAGGACUGCAUCACAGUGCAGUGAAAAUUCCACCGUUCAUUCUACUGUGCUGAUGAUCAGCUGUGGUUUGCCAACAUUGAGGCUGAUUAUGCCUUUCGGGCCAUCACAGUUCAGAGUAUGAAGUUACUACAUAUCGUCGGCGCGUUGGGUUCCACAGAACAAGCCGAAGUGAGGGAGAUCAUCACAGGCCCUCCCUCGGACAAUCCGUAGGAAGCCUUGAAGACGGUGCUAGCGAAUCGCACUACGGCAACAGAUCAAAGGCGCCUUGGGCAACUCCUCACCGCCCAACUUCUUGGAGACCACAAACGGGAACAGCUCCUUCGCCGGAUGCAACAGUUAUUGGUAGGCAAGGCACCCACGCUGGACGACUUGAUCUUGAGGAAACUAUUGUUGCAACGUCCCCCAAACAUCUGGCGAAGGAGUCCCCCAAACAUAGUGCGCGUGAUCUUAACCACAUCCGAGGCCGUGUCACUGCAAGCCUUAGCUGAAAUGACACAUAAAAUGAUUGACAUGCCACCCUCAACCGUGUGAGCCGCUUACCCACAACCUGUCGUACCAUCAGUGUCGGAUUUUCAGGACUUGCGCGAUGGAGUUCCCAAUUUCGAUUUCGAAGACCUCGCAGCCCUGCAACUCGCUCACAGGCUU